AGUCUAAUGUGACAAACUUCUCUUAUUACAUACUGUGACGUACCGAGCCAUGAUGGAACGACGUCUAUAGGUACCUACAACUUACAUACCUACCUACCUAGUUACCUCCUAGCAUAACGGAACCAGCGGGAUCCGUUAGAGUUUCGUCGUUUGCGCCUCUUAAAGUUGGAGAGAUUUGUAGGAUGUAUAAACCGGAGCCGGAUAACUACCUACAACCCGCAGGCAGCCCCCCUCCCCUCUCCCCUUGUCACCAAUCUUUGUUUGUUUGUUAUAAAAGGUGGCUUGGAAUACGUGUAACGUGAGCGUCACGAGUGAAUCAUAUUUUAAAUCAAGUAUAAAGGCUGCCACCAUGCUGCCGUUUGGAAUACCAUCGUGGCAUAGUCCAGUGUUCUGGCCUCAUCGCAACUUAUAGCCAUAUAUCGACGACACCUUUUUGGUAAUUAUAAUCAUGUAUCGCGCUUAUUAUCUCGAUUAUCGAGACUAUGAACGGAACACCUUUGGUGCCGACGAACUUGUCAUUCGCCCGAUCCCGCUCGCCGUUGAGACAAUAGAACCCCCGCCGGCGUCUACUCCCGCUUUCCACGUCGAUGUUUCAAGGGAGAGCCUUGGUGUUCGUCGCCAAAGGGAUAGAGACAGUCUCCAAAUUGCUUCAGCUCAUUAUUCAACUAAGGGUCAUGGAAUCGAAUUAAAGGUUGGCGAGGAGAGCAUCAAACUCACGCGCUCACAGCAUGCGCAAACAGACGCCGGGAACCAAUCGCAUUCUACGCACAAAUGGAAGAGCCAUUCCAAGUGGAAUUAUAGCGCCACAUUGCCCGAUGGGUUGAAGCUAAAAUGGGAACUUGUUGGCCAAGAACAUCACCGGGAAAGCAUAGAGAAAAACAGGACGCAGGCGGCAAAGACUCAACCUAGACUACGGUGCGUGCAAGAAGGAAGCGGCGCCAAGGUGCUGGGGGAGAUGAUGAAGAGCAAUGAUGUAGUAAGAUUGAUGACGGGCGACGAUGACAUCCACGGCGAGAGGGCAACGCUUGGGCUGUGUGUCCUACUGGGUUUCGUUAGCUUAUACGAACGGGCGAGAGCCAGCGAUAGAGGCAUGCGGAAGUUCCAUCUUUUUCGUCGACGCAGACAACACCCGAGUCUGACGGGGAAAACCAAAAAGCAGGCGAAAAGAGAUGAUGGGAUAACGACGGACAAACCGGAGGAGGUAAGACAACCUAGGUUUCUGUUGUUUCCUUUGCAUCUGGGUCGUUCUUGAGGAUAGGUCGCUGAUACUAGGCCAGACUUUCGUUUCCGAUUCCGGCAAUGUUCCGAAUGAAAUUUCGAGUCACUCGGACAAGUCGAAAACGGACGAAGGCGGAUAUGGGAGAGUAGGAGAAAAGGGAGAUAAAGGAGAUGGCACUAACGAAGGGGUUAGAGGCGAAGUAUAAAAUUAUAGAUGAGAUUUAGAGCAGGUGAUGCUCCAACCUAGUGCUUUUGUACGUAAUUACGGGUUUCGAUAGUCUGCCUGCCUUAGCUUUGGAGUUCUUUGUGGAAUGGCUGGUUCGUUUUUCUUCGCAUGCGCUCAUAGAGGUAGUGCAACUCUCAGCUUGUUAUUACAUCGCGGAGAAAUUAAUGUAUCACAAACACUAAUUAGGU